GUACUUGAUGAAGAAGCAGAAGUUUUUAUAGUCAAAAUGUGGAGAUUAUUGAUAUAUGAAACAGAAGCCAAGAAAAUUGGUCUUGUGAAGUAAAACUCUACAUUUACAAUUUCAUUUCUGAUUACUUCUUUUCCAGCCUUCAGAGGACUUUGAAUUUUUCUUUGUCUCCAAAGACAUUUGUGAGAUCUGUAAUUUUUUUAAAUGUAGAAAAUGUGAAUUUUUUUGUCCUCUAAUUUGUUGAUGCCCUGUGUAACUCCCUUGGUUGUAAAGUCAUCUGAAUCUUUGGUUCUCUUUAUACUCACCAGGUACAAAUUACUGGUAUGUUUUAUAAGCUGCAGCUACUGUACACAGCCUAUCUGAUAUUAUCUUGUUCUGCUGAUUUAUUCCUUGUAAAUAUUAAAAUGACUCCCUAAUUCUUUUGCAGAAUUCAACUUAAUAUUGAACUGUACUGAAAAGCAGCCACCGUGAAUAAUUUUAAUUCAAAAAAUAUUAGUCAUAUCUGUUACCACCUCACCUUUUCCCUUUGAUCAGAAAUGGCAAGCCCUUGUGAAGGCAAGGAAUUUAAAAAUUAGAGUGCAAAAAUUAGCAGAUAGUCCAUUCCUAUUGUAUCUCUGAAUGAACGUGUUCGUGUGAAUGUAUGUAUAAAAGUCUUUCUUAGUUUUCUUUUGUGGUCUCCCUUAAACAUUUCGUGAUUGAACAAUAGACUCAUAAAGGAAAAGUGAUACUGUGCCAACCCAAAUAUUUGAUUUAAUUAGGUUAUUAGUUUCCCAGAGCAUGGUAUUCUCCUCCAGUGAACAAUAUACACUGUUAACAGGAUGGGAUUUCGCUGAAUAGCUGACUGCUUCAGCUUCUUUUAGAGGAGUGUGGAUCAUAGUGAUCCCCCUACCACACACAAUUUCAUUGCUCAGAAAUGAGGCAGAUUCUAAAUUCCUAUAAGUUAUUUUAAGUACAUUUUUAUACUAACUGACCUUAAGUUAAUUUUUGUAUACCACUCUGUUUAAAGAAAAAAAAAAGUCAUUCCAAAAGUGUAGUGGAAAGGAAAAAAAACUACAGGAGCUCUGGAGGUGUAGCUCAGUGUGUAGAGCUCAUGCUUAGCAUGCAAAAAACCCUGGGUUCAAUCUCCAGCACCCAGGAAAAAAAAGAUAAAAUUAGGCAAGUUUACAGACUAGAAGAGUUUGACAAUACAAUAGGAAUUCAGCCUGGCAAUUUACAAAGUUUACAUCUUACUUGCAAGGAUAAAUCAUUCAAAGUAGUUAACAACCACUAAUUUUUAUAUCUGCUCAUCAAAGUUUAAAUAUACUGAUGAUGUGUUUGGAGACAUACUUGGACUUUUUAAAAUUGUAGAUCAGAACAUAACCAAGGAGCAAAAUUUGCCUAAAAAAAUGUACCAAAUUUAAAUAGUUCUUAACGCCAACUAGGUGCAGCUGUUGCUGUGUCUGUUUAUUUAAAAGAAAGACAAAGAUCAGCCUGUUAGAAAAGUGUAACUGUGAGUUACUAGAUUUUUUUUAAUCUUGAGGACAUUUGAAAACAUCUUUCUUAACAAUGAACCAUGACAUGGUUCCACUGUGUAAAUAUUUCAAAUGUUAAAAAUGUAUAUAUUUGAUCUGGAGAGGCAUUCUUUAAGUCUUGUAAAUAAAUGGCAUCAUGUUUUAAUUGUGUAGUGCAUGCUAGAAAACUUAAAAAUAUGAGUUGAAAUUUUUUUUAGUGGAUUUAGGACUUGAUAUCAAUAAGUCAAACCCGGCCGUUUAUUUUGAAUGAGUCUAUUUUACAUCAAUGGGAUUACCUCUUAUGUAGUGUUAAAAUAUUUUAGAUUAUGACUUUUCAAGGGAACACUUCAGAAGGCUGUCCCUUACUAUUGCAAAUUUAUUUACCAAUCUUCUAAGAUUCAUCCCCUUAUCCCAGCCCAAGACCUUGUUCAAGCAGUUUAUUUUAGUAUGUUGCACAGUUGAUGGUUCUAUGUGGAAAGUAUUUUAUAUGUUUUCCAUAUCUACUCUUUAAAUUCUUGGGGUUUUUUGGGGGGGUGGGGGGAAUGAUAGUACUGGGGUUUGAACUCAGCUCUUUGCACUUGCAAGUCGUGUGUUCUACCACUUGAGCCACCCCUCCAGCCCCAGUUGAUGCUUCUAAGGCAUCAUAUUAGGUUGUUUUUAUUUAACCAUAUUAGCAUAAGGGUUUAUCCAAGUAGAUUGCAUUUAACUUGCUCAUUUCUUAUGCUUUUUCAACUAGGUUAUCUUACAAAUUCUUUAUCUUACAAAUCCUUUAACUAGAGAUGUAGAUCACAUGCCUAGCAAGCACAGGGCCCUGAGUUUAUAUCCUAGUAUUGCCUGCCAAAAAGAUACAAAAAAACAAAAAAAUGCUAGAGAUGUCACCUGGAACCCUUAGGAGUAUACACAUUAUACUGUGUAACACCUCCAGUGUGAUUUAUGGCAGGAACUCAAAAUUCAUAUAUUAACAUUUCAUCAGCAGAGGAGGAGUGGUCAUAGUAAGUAGGGAUAAAGACCAUUAGAUUGAAAGCGUAAUGCUAGUUGAAAUAAGUUUUGCCAGUAAGCCUCAUAAAAAAACUUUGCUUCAACUUUUUUUUUUAAGUUGCAUAUAAAAAAUUGGACAUUUAUAAAGGGGGCAAAUUGUAGUGUCUGGGAAAAUAUGUACUUUAUUAAAUUGCUUGAACAUCCUGGGUUAUGUUUAUGAUAAGCCUAUAAGUUAAUUUCAGUUUGGAAACCUUAUAUUAAUUCUUACUGCCUGUCCAAAGUUUUUAUAAAACUACAUUGAGUCUUGAUCCAGCUGUUACAAAACUAAAAGGCUUUUUCUUUAUUUGAGACUACAAGUAAUUUUAAGUAUGUAUACUUGUUUCUAAGGAAAAAGGUAAGUAAAAUGUUUGAGGUAAUUUUUCUCAAAUCUUAACGUACACCUAAAUCACCUGGGGGAUCUUGUUAAAAUGCAGAAUUCUGAUUUAGUAGGACUGGGUGGAGCCUGAGACUUUUGAACUUUCCAGGCAAUGCCAAUGACAACUGGCCCAAGGACUACUACACUUUAAUACACUAUGGUAUCUACUCAUAAUUUUAUCCUAAUAGACAACACAAAUUCAACUUAUUUUUCUCUUAAAGUAGAUUUUAAAGAGAAAAUCAUUUUUAAGGCAAGAAUAUAUAUUAUGUUCUACUCAUGAACAUAAAUGCAAUCUUCCAGAAUGAUGGCUGAGAAAAGCAGUGGUAUUCUAGAUUUUAUCCCAGUUAGUCCCUAAAGAUGAUAUUAGAGAGAAUUUUAUGUUAAUUGAAUUUUAUUGUAGUGCUUCCGAUAAACUAUAUAAUUGUAUAAACAUUACUUUUCAGAAUGCUGUUUCAAGUAUUAAUCAGUCAUGAAUACCAGCUAGUAGAGAAAUUGAAUAAACAUUGGGCUUGAGAACCAAAUUUAACUAAAUACUCUAUCAUUUUUUUUCCUUUCAUAUGAAGUAAUAAAUGCAAGUAAAUAUAAGUGGGUUACAGAUAUGAGGCUUAUUUGUCCAACUCUUGACAAUAAGUUCUAUGAAUGUUCCCAAUUAAUACCCUGAAACUGAUAAAGGUUUUAUGUUGAAAUGGCAAGAUUUUGCUGGGUUAUAUUUAAGCUUUUUAUUAACAGGGAAUUGAAAAAAACAGUUUUGCUUAACAAAAAAUGGUGAAAGUUGAUUUGUGAAUGCUGCUAGAGAUAAGAGUAUGAAAUAAUCACAAAGAAACACUGUCUUAAACAGGGAAAUACACAUUAAACCCAGGGGCUUUUAAUAUCACACACAUACUAUAGAUCGAAGUGAACUUAAUAGUUUUUUGAUAACCUGGCGGAUUUUGGAAAUGUGAUUAUUGUAAAUUAUUGAAAUAUUUAUGUUAAUUUGCAUUUGAGUGCUUACCUUUUCAUCUUUGAUUUUUGCAUUUAAUUUUAUUACUUGUGUCAUAAAGGCCACAUUAGAAAUGGCUAUUUAAAAUAUCCAGGAAAAACAACUUCUAUAGACAAAAAUGAAUAAAAGUUCUUCUCAAGCCACAUUGUUUGAAUUAUAUGGCACUUCUGGGUCUGUGUACUCUGCCAUAUCACUUACUGUAUUGAUGACCUUUAGAUUCUCAGACACAGAAUGGGAGCUGAAUUGUGAAACCCCAAUUCCUUCAUUUAGAUAAAGUAAAAAAGUGACAUACAUUCAAACCCCAAGGGUAGAAAUACAAGAUACUAAAAAGCAGCUUUUGAUUGCAAACAGAUCUCAGUCUAAAGAAACCAUUGCUUACAGUGAAUUGGAAUGAUGUAAGAGCUAAAAAGAAUGUGUUCAAGCCUUGAGCUCUGGUGAUAAAUAUGCAGUCUCAAAUCUACUUUCUUCAGCAAACAUGGCAGUUUUCUUUGUGUGUGGUGAUGAAUUGCAUUGCCUCUGAAUCACCUGGCCUUUGUCUUGUAUUGACCAAGUCUUGACUUUAAGUGACUUGAUCCAACCUCUCUAGCAAGCUCCUCUCAGAAGUCAUUCUUUCAGAUCCAGCACUCUGAAUUUCUGCUUCUUUGAUCACUUACUGCUGAAUUUUCGUACCAUUUUUGUUUGUCAUUUACUCCAUUUCUGUCCCUAAGUUGGGAACAUUCUGGAAUUCCCUUCUACAGAGACUCUGGGACCUCUAGUAAAUUCUUUUGUUUCACUUUUCAUACACAGUGCAGCUUUUAAUAUUUUUAAACCCUUAGUGUCAUAGCAGAUACUGAAAAAAAUACUAACUGAAUGACAAAGUCAUUUGAUUUUUUUUUUUAACCCACCUUGCAAAUAACCCUUAAGCUUAAAAAAAAGUUAGGAAGGUAUUAGGCAUGUUCUCUGUAGUUGUACAUCUCCAGUUUAUGAAAACAUCCUCCUUAGAGCUAAGUAACAAUCACUCUGUGCCUAGAAGACUUCCUCACUCCACUGCUGUUUUCUAACAACAUUCUUAAGUUUCUUGAGCUUGCUCAGAUAAUUUCAUCUUCCUUUUGUCUGGAACAUGUUUUAGAAAACCACACUUAAUUUGGAUCCUGUCUCCUUCCCAUUACAUGACCAAGAUUCUAGUUGUAUGUGCCAUCUAAAUGUUUCUAGUCUCAACCUCACCAUUCUAGUGGUGACCGCCAGAAUGAGAUAUGCUAGGUUUUCUUUUAGUACUAUCAACAUUUGCUAUUGGCUUGAUCUAGAUAGCACCUUUACCUUGUUUUAGUCUCCAUCUUAACUGCUGUCACGUUGGCUCACUUAGUGCAUCCUGGGUGUUGGUUCAUAUUCCUAAAAAGAUGAAGUAAUAUAGAAAAUGGAAAAAAAUAUUUGUAGCUAUUCAGUUACUGUUCUUAAUGUCUUGGUUCCUUUUUUUGCGAGAAUAUGUUUUGACAUCAAGUGUAAAUAGAACUGUCUUGUCUUUUCCUUGACAAAAUAAAGUUUUCUCUGUGUGUUAUUUUCAUGAACAACUUUAAUGACAUGGUGAACCAUAAUUUGUUACAGGACUGUUAGCUUUCCAAUUCUGCCAUAUCAGUAUUCCAUGAACAUCUUUGCACAAAAUGUUUUCAUUGAGAUUGUUUCUAAGAAUAGUUUAUAGCAUUUUAAAACGUUGUACUCAUAUCACAUUGCAUCCUAGCGGAUUGCAAUCAGGUUGAACUAGUUCACAGAUUGGUUGUAGCCUAUACUUGUUCAUCGAGUGAAUUGUUCUAUCCUAUGUGGUACACACUGUUCUCCACACUUGUCUUAUAAAGGUGAAGAAAAAGAUAACCUUGUGAAAUUUAAGGGGUCGAAGGAGGUGAGGAAUGUUUUAAAAUACCUGUUAAUGAAAAAGGUUACUUUUUAAGAAGCUUUUACACAUAAAAGCUGAAGUUCAUGUAUGUAAUGGAACAGGAUAAUGAAUAUUUGGGGAGAGGAUUGGUGCCUUGGGAAUGUGAAAGGGUACCAUGGGAGAGAAUCUUUUUUUUGUUGUUACAGGGUCCAGCUACUAUAACUCAGAUUUGAUGUGGAACCCACUAUUUUGCUUUAUCCUCCAGCACUGGGUAACUUUUUUACCCAGGUCCUUGCACAUUGUAGGCAAGCGCUCAUUUUUAUUUUUCUGU